UAGUUCAGUAUUCAGAUAAUAAAGUUUAAAUCUCAUUAGUACAAUGACAGAUGUUCCUGCAGCAACUUCCGCUUCCUCGUCAGCUUCAGCUAAUUUACCGUCUACUAAGAAGAAAUCUCCAUCUAAGAAAGCUAAGAAUCCAACCGCAUCUCAUCCACCAACUGCUGUGAUGGUUAUGACUGCCAUUAAAGAGUUGAAGGAGAAAAAGGGAUCUUCACUUCAAGCUAUAAAAAAGUAUCUGACAGCUAAUUACAAAGUUGACGCAACUAAAUUAGCACCAUUCAUUAGGAAAUUUUUAAAAUCUGCUGUCGUCAAUGGCCAAUUAACUCAGCCUAAAGGAACUGGAGCUUCAGGUCUUUUUAAGUUAGCUGCUGUAGUUACAGAGAAGAAAAAGAAGCCUGUUUCACCAAAGAAAAAGCCUGCUACUAAGAAAACAGCAGCUAAGUCGUCGUCUUCUGGUACAGAACAAAAGAAGAAUCCAGCAGCUAAGAAAGCCAAAACUGCUGAUGAACCCGUUGCUAAGAAAGCGAAAAAGGCAGUCGCAGCUAAGCCAAAGCUUACAGGAGUGAAAGCUAAGAAAACUCCUACAAAGACGAAAAAAUCAACAGUAUCGCAAGUGAAAGAACCAAAAGUGAAAAAAUCACCUGUGAAGAAAACUACAGCGCCAAAAAAGAAAUGAGUUAACUGAUAAACAAAAUAAAAUCUUUAAAACGGUCCUUUUCAG